AUGGCUUUUGUUCUGACUCUGUGGACACUAGCAUCAUAUAUCUGUAUCGCCUUGACAUCUUGGCUUUUGGCAUGGACAGUUUAUUAUGAUUUCACUCGGACCCACAUCCCUCCUGGAAUAAAAGAGCAUGCAAAACUACGAGUAGGUAAUUUGCUGCUGAAUUUUGCCUUUGGGUUGGGGCUCUUUCUGGAGAAACUUGGCAUUUGCAGUCAGACUAAAAUCAUGAGAAUUAUAUUCGAUGGAAUCCCACCAAAGAAGGAUUCAAGGCUGCUCAUCAAGGAUCUGUUUUUUGAACAUGUGCCAGUAAGGGUUUAUUGGCCCAGCUCACCAUCACCUGCUGGGAACAGGAAAGGACUACUUUAUAUCCAUGGAGGAGUUGGUCAAGUUGGAAGCAUUCGAGCCUAUGAAAGGGUAUGUCGCUUCUUGGCUAGAAACAGCAAUUCGGUGGUUGUGAACAUUGGGUUUCGCUUAUCGCCUGAGUAUCCACCUCCAAUUCAGUCUCAGGACUGUUUGACGGCUGCAGUACACUUUUUGAAGUAUGCAAAGGAUUAUGGAGUGGACCCUAACUGCAUUGCCGUGGGUGGAGACAGCAGUGGAGCUACAGGCGCUGCAGCUCUUUGCCAACAACUGGUGGGCAGAGUAGAUCUCCCAAGGAUCCGAGCCCAGUUCUUGCUUUAUCCAUUCCUCCAGGCACUGGACUUUAAUCUGCCAUCUUAUCAGCAAAACCAUUCUGUCCCCAUUUUGUUCAAGAAACGGGCUAUCAGUCUGGGUUUCAAGUAUUUCAAAAUGAAGAACAUUGAUAUAGCAAGACUCAUGCAGAAUGCCCAUAUCCCUGAAGAUCUGAGGGUGAAAUACAAGAAAUGGGUCAGUGCCGAUCACAUUCCAGAUGAGUUUAAGGUUAGAGGCUACGUGCCGGUGGAGCCUGCUCCCUUUUCCGAAGAGCUUUAUGAACUGGCCAAACUGGCUUUAGAGACAUGGUUUUCCCCACUUUUAGCUGAGGAUGAGAUUAUACGCCAGCUCCCCGAGACUUUCCUUUUGACUUGUGAGUACGAUGUUCUCAGGGACGAUGGACUGUUGUACAAGAAACGGCUGGAGGACAAUGGUGUUCCAGUCACUUGGCAUCACCUUAAAGAUGGUUUCCAUGGAAUAGCCUUUCCCAUUGACUUUGGGCUACCCGAGUUCCAAAGCACACGAAGUGGUAUGAAGACUGUAAUACAUUUUCUAUGCGGAUUAUCGAAAUAAUCCUCUUUCCUCUGCAGCCAUACAGCAUUCCUUUGAUGGCAUAAACUAUUUAGAUGUCGCUAUUUAUUUUUUAAAAAGUGCUCUCUUGAACUGUUUUGAAUAA